GAAGUAUAUAUUAGCAUUGUCAAACACCUUUUCCCGUGUGUAAUAUAUCCUACCCAAGAUGAAAUAAAAGAGUCCCUCAAGGACUACAUGAACGAAAAGUUCCCUGAAUUCAUGGCGAACUUAAGUGUAACGAUUUUGCAAACCAGUUUCAUGGUGUGUGGUGUUCUCAG